AGAGGUCCGGUCACCGCCACUAUCAAAUUUUCAUCGGGUUCUCGUCACCGCUCUCUCCUCAAGCUCCGACGUGGGGGGGGAAUUUUACCAAUUAAAAAUCCCAUUAAACCCUUAAUAAAAACAAGGGUUUAAUGGGAGGAAAAUCAUCAAAGCUCGAAUCCCCUGCGGCCACGAGCACCUCCUCGACUCCCGUUACUCUUAACGUCUACGACCUAACGCCGUUAAACAAGUACACGUAUUGGUGCGGUUGGGGGAUUUUUCACUCGGGAAUCGAAGUUUAUGGAAUGGAGUUUGGUUUUGGAGCCCAUGAUUACCCAGCAAGUGGGGUGUUUGAGGUGGAACCAAAAACAUGUCCAGGGUUUACCUACAGAUGUUCUAUACCGUUGGGUUAUACGACCAUGCUUCCUUUUGAAUUCCGAGAGUUUAUUGAGAAUAUGGGUUCACAGUACCAUGGAGAUUCUUAUCAUCUAAUGUUGAAGAACUGCAACACCUUCACUGAUCAUGUGUGUUCCCAAUUGACAGGAAAUCAAAUCCCUAGAUGGGUUAAUCGCAUGGCUUACUUUUUCGGUAUUUUAUGCUGUUGCCUGCUGCCCAAAAACCUCAGCAUUGACGCCGUCAGAGGAGAACUUCCCUACCAUGGAUUGCGGAAUGCUGGGAGCAGUACUUAUUCAGCCAACUCAUCCGUUGUAAAAACUGAGAGUGAUAGUUCAGGUAAUGGUAAGAGCAAUUUCUUUCCAUCACCGAACUCGGAGACCACUCUUAUAGAUGCCGAUCCUAAGUCCUGAGAGUAAGAGAAUCCUAGUAGCCUCGUCUCAACGUGCACAAGUUUUGUACAUUUUUUCAUUUUUCCAGCUGCCUGCCCUAAAAUCUCAGGGUGAAGGCCGUGUUGUCCUGUCAGUUUUCAUCUCUGUAGAGAAUUUGUUGUUGAUGGUGUUGUCUUUUUAGUUGUGAGGGGUAUAUUGAAGAUGAUUCUCCUUUGAUGUAAUCCUGUUGUUUCAUUAUAAUAUCAUCAGUGAAGCACUUUGACAUGUUC